AUGGCUAGAACAGAACAGAACAAAGAUGAAUUGGAGGCCCUUUGUCUGGCUUUGUCUGACUGGCUGUAUCUCUUACUUACUGUUUUGGCACUGGACACUGCAGGCUCGGGAAAGCUAGCCGGCAACCGACUGGAGACUGGAGUGGAAAUCUCGUUCGUCCUGACCCGAGGCGGCUCGAAAUGCGCCGGCGUGUGUGACAAACCAACCAAAAGUGCCUUUUUGCUUUGCCAAAAUCACAGCCUUGCCUGCGAUGCCACCGCCCGCGACAACCCGUCACUGCGUGAACUGAAGCCGAGCCCAGCCCGCAUCUCCAUCUGCCCUGUGCGUGCGCGGCCAAGCAGGGAGCCUGAUUUUGCUUUGAUUUUUGUUCAUUGUUCCAUUUUUCUCCAAUCAUUCUAUUCUAUUUCUUCGCUGUCGCAUAUAUUAUCCGCUUCUUCUCCGCACCGCCCCAAACCCGAGGCUUCCGCUUCCGCUUCGCUCACAACCCCCCCGAGCCCGAGAUCCUCGCCCGACAUACUCGCGUACGAAGCUUCAGUUCAGGUCAGCUCAGCCAUGCCCGAUAAGACGGCGUCGGUUGUCUCGUACGCCGCCGGGGCGUCUCUCGCCGCUGCCGCCCUCAUCUACGUCUUCGGCCCGACCUUUACCAUCGACCACGACACCACCAGCUCGCGCAAGAAAACCAUCGUCGGCCUGCGCAACCAGGCCAACGACUGCUUCAUCAACUCGGUCCUGCAGGCCCUGGCUGGGCUGCCCGAGCUGCGCGUCUACCUGAUCCGCGAGACGCAUCGCCGCCGCAUCGAGGACCCGGCCGUAUACGCAAACCUGGUGCAGCCCCUGGACGGCAACGGGAAGCAGCUUGCGCAGUGGAAGCUGCAGGGCCUUCAGGAUGGGCUGGUGACACACGGGCUGAAGGAGAUGCUGGACGCGCUUAACGAGCGGCCCAUUUCGAAAAAGGCCAUUUCGCCCUUUCCCUUUGUCAAGGUCUUGGAGGUUGCGUUCAAGCAGCGCAUCAGCAGGCAGCAGCAGGAUGCGCAAGAGUUUCUGCAGAUUGUGGCAGAGAGGCUGAAGGACGAGUAUCACGCCGGCCAACGCGCUCGCCUGCAUGCUCGGAAGCUGGGCAUUGCGGCGGCAGUGACCGAAUUGAGUACGAAUAGCACCAAGGACAAGGACAAGGAUGGCAACGACACUGACAAGUCGGAUGACGCUGUCGAAAUCAACAUCACCGACGGAUUGGGAUUGGAAGCAUCUACUGUAGCGGGAUCCGAGAGCGAGAUUGCAGUCAACAUCGAUCUGGCCGAUGUGCAGAGAGCCGUUCGCGAGAUCCAGAACAAGCCUCCCUUAGAACUCGAGGAGGGCUUUCCGCUGGAGGGCAAAUACGAGUCGCAUAUCCAGUGCCAGACUUGCGGCUACACCACCAAGCCGAGGGAGGAGACUUUCUGCAGUCUGACGCUCGCAGUCCCGCAGGUCUCAUCGACAACACUCAACGCAUGCUUUGACGGUAUUUUUAAGACGGAAUAUAUCGACGACUUCAAGUGCGAAAUGUGUCGCCUAGUGCAGACCCGGACCAACCUCGAGCACGAGAUGGCCAAGUCGACGUCCGAGAGCUUCAGGGCCGUGGCCCAAGAGAACAUUGAAAAGCUGAAGAUGGCCAUUGCUCUCGACCCGGAACAGCCUCCCGAGGACGUCGAACUCGGCGACAUUCGAUAUGCGCCCAAGAGGAGAAUCGCCAAGACGACGCGCAUGUCUACGUUUCCCAAAAUCCUGGCUAUUCAUCUGUCCCGAUCCAUCUACGGCAUCGGCCAGGUCACGCAGAAGAACUCGGCCAAGGUCUCCUUUCCCGAGCAGCUGCCGCUGGGAAGCGUCAUCGAACAGCGCAAAUACAAGCUCCUGGGCGUCGUGACACAUCGAGGAGGCCAUAACAGCGGCCACUACGAAGCAUUUAGGCGCCAGAAUGCGCCGUCUCCCUACGCAAACAUCAAUACCUUUCAGCCCUCUGAAAUCUAUAGCAAGACACCGACGCCCAUUUCAACACCGCAGAUUUCUGCCCUCCGAUCUGACAGCCCCUCAAUAUCGACUCCGGAUCUGCUCUCGCCGUCCUCGGACACGACUCCGUCUACGCCGUCGCUAGAAUCUGCUGCAGGACCCCCUCGAAGCGUCCCCGUCGACCUAACGAACGGCAGAGAUGGCGAGACCAGCAGCCUUCGAUCUGUUGCUGCAUCUACCAAGUCAGCGCUGUCCAAGCUCGCGCCUCCCAGAGCAAGCCUCAACGGAUCCUCAUCACCCAGCCCCCUGGGCGUCGGCAAGCCUCAUCCGCGACCCAAGAAGAAACGGCCCGCGGAUAAGUGGUGGAGAGUGAGCGACGAAAAGGUACGCGAGGCCAAGACAAGCGAGGUCUUGGGCAUGCAGAAGGAGGUCUACCUGCUAUUUUACGAGCUGGAGGCGGAAGAAUGA